AUGGCCCGAAAAAUUUUAGAAUUAAGACCCUCUGAUUUACUUUUAUUUUCUCAACAAAUUUCAAAUGGUCUUCAACAAUUAUUAAGAGCAAAUGCAGCAAAUGUACAUAGCGCUGAACAUUGGGCAAUGUUUUUCUCUAUUUUGGAAGCUGUCGGGGCUGCUGCUUAUCAAGACGAUGAUUUUGAUUUGGUGGAUAUUAUCCAUCCAGUAUCUUCUUCUCCUCCAGCUCCUUUAACUUCUCCUCAACAACCUUUACAACAACUCCCACCUUCAGAUAAAGAAUUAAGUUAUGCAAGUGGCUCUUCUCUAUACAAACGUGGAACAAUUGUAUUAACCCCAAAUUUAUCCCGUCAUGAUUCUGCAGCAUUCCUCAAAGUUGUCGAAACACUUGGAUUUUUGGGGAGAGAUGCUGCCCAUAUUACACCUGAAAAUUUUGGAUUAUUUAUUCAUUGUUUAAGAAUGAUGGUAGAAGCUAGUAUGGAUGGGGGAAAAUACACAACACCUAUCCAAUCAUUAAAUAUAACUUCGCCUACAUCUCCAAAUAAACAAGCCGGAAAUUCCUCUUCAAAUACAUCUUCAAAACAAUUUCACGUUCCCCAUGAAAAUUCUCAAAAACAACGCAAAACAAAUGAAGAUGCUAGUGGGGAUUUAGCUGAAUCAGAAGAGAAAAUGAGUGAUCAAGAAAAAUUGGCUAAUUGUUAUGUGGAUGCUUCUUUGCAAUUAUUAAACAUUUGUGCACAACUCCAAGCGAGAGCAGCAAACAUUUACAAGGAUUGGUCUGAAACAAAUGAAAUCAUAAAGAUUGAUGAAACAGCUACAAAAACGACAGAAUUAUGGUCAAAAUAUUGGAGGCCAUUGAUGCAAGCAAUUGCUAGAAUGGCUUGUGAUUGUAGACGAUUAAUAAGAAAACAGGCUUUGGAGGCUCUAGGGACUGCAUUUCGAGUACCUGCAUUGGGUGAACUUAUGAUCCCUGCCGAUUGGGAAGAUUGCUUUGCUGAAGUUCUCUUCCCUUUGUUGAGUCGAUUACUUACUGGGUAUUUUUGUUUAUUUCAAAAAUAA